AUGGGCAAACACGUCGUCUUCGAUGUCGUAGGCACUCUAGUCUCCUACUCCGCCUUUUACGACUGCGUCGAAAAAGUGCUAGGCCCCAAACUCCUCGCCCAAAGCAUCUCACCAAAACUCUUCGGCUUCGCCUGGCUGGAAAGUUCGGAAAGAGAAUUCACCUACCUCUCUAUCUCAUCGCGCUAUAAACCCUACAAGACCGUCUUCUCUGCCAUGUUCUACCGCAUGCUGUGGAUGAGUGGCAUCACCUCCCCACGAGACUUUGCCACCGACGCCGAAAGAGAUGAAAUGGUAAAAUCUUAUUCGCAGUUGCAAUUGAGGGAAGGCGUGCAAGAGACUUUUACGUUGCUCAGGGAGGCAGGGUUUGAAGUUUGGUGUUUGACGACUGGAGAUCAAGAGAGAGUGUUGGGAUACUUCAAAAAUGCGGGAGUGGAUUUUCCACAGGAGAACUUUAGAUCUUGUGAUUCGAGGGGGGUUGCUAAGCCGGCGCUUGAUGCGUAUAGACCGCUAUUCGAGGGGUUUGGAGUCGAGGAGGAAAAGUGGUUUGCUGCGGCGCAUUAUUGGGAUGUCUCGGCUGCUAAGAUUGUUGGGUUCAAGGGAGCUUAUUGUUCCGUGUAUGAAAAGGAGGAUUGCAAGGAGUUGUUUGAUGUUGACAUGGACGUCAUGGCUGAUACACUGCCUGAGAUGGCCAAGAAGAUGAUUGAAGCAUAA